AUGCAAGUGAAGGAAGAAGAGAAGAUGGUAAAGCUCGUAGCUAUGAGAGAAAGCAAUCCAACAGCCCGUUCCAAGUCCCUGAUGGACUUGUGGCGAACGAAGGACCAAAAAAUCACCGGUAAACGGUCGAGAUUGAGUGUGUGUAUCUUCACACGAUGUCUUUUUUCGUCGGAAGACAGUGAAGAGGAGAGUGAAAGAGGGAAGAAAGAAGAGAGAGAGAAGUCACUUGGCGGCAAAGAGAAGAUAGAGAGUGACUUGCUCGAGAUGCGGUGGCUGGAUGGGUAUCCUUUUCGCCGUUGGAUGUCGAUGUAUCCAAAAGUCCGUGGCUGGGCCAACGAGGCGGCUUUGUUUACUCGCCCUGGUUGCCGAGGCAACGCCAGCUCACCGCCCUUGGCAGAACUUCCCGCCCGUCAGGAACCACGUGGGGCGCGCUAG